AUGUCCUCCACUCCAGCAGCACCAUCAUCAUCAUUACCAACCUCAUCAUCAUCAUCGGGAAGUAAUAGUAAAAAACAAGAGCCCUUGGUCUAUCGUGGAACUACUUUCGAAUACGUUCAAGAUUGUUUCCGAUACUACAAGACAUUGGCAGAACGAAAAAUUGAUAAUGUCAAACACUUUGUGGUUACCUAUCCAACCGUGUUCAUUUCAUACGCAAUUCUGUUUGGAAGUAUGGGACUUAUUUACUUCCGAGUGCAAAGAAAGGUUAAAUUGUCUCAUAAUGAAUUGAAGGCGAAUCUGGAGAAAGUAAAGAAACAACGUAUCUAUGAUUUGGUGAAAGAGGCUAAUGAAAUUAAACGAUUAGGAAAAUAA